AAAUGGUUCGUUCCUCUUGCUGUGAUGGCCUUCCUCCAAAGCCCUGUGCACCCCACCCGGUGUCAGGGGGGGAUCAGCUGUGCCAGUCCCGGCAGGCCACGCACACGCACACACACACACACACACACACACACAGAACGCUGCUGGCUGGUGAACAAAGCCCUCUUGGCACUGCCGAUGAAGACGAGCUAUGCCUCCUCCUCUCCUCACGCCGCCGUGAGGGGGAAGGCAUGACACCAUUGUGGUUGUGUUUCCUCAUCAAAAAGACGUUUUUAGGGGAAGAGGAGUCGGUCUUUGUAGACAGUGGAAUAUUCUCAUCUUCUUCUUUUUGAGAUGCUGGCGGAGCGCAGAGAGAACAGCAGGGCUGCCUUUGCCCUGACGAAGCCGCUCAAGAUGAACAUGGUGAAGAGGAUCAUGGGCCGGCCGAGGCAGGAGGAGUGCAGCCCCCAGGACAACGCGCUGGGCCUCAUGCACCUGCGACGCCUCUUCUCCGAGCUGUGCCACCCUCCUCGCCACAUGACCCAGAAGGAGCAGGAGGAGAAGCUCUACAUGAUGCUCCCCGUGUUCAACAGGGUGUUUGGGAACGCUCCUCCCAGCACCAUGACGGAGAAGUUCUCCGACCUGCUGCAGUUCACCACCCAGGUGUCCCGGCUCAUGGUGACCGAGAUCAGACGAAGAGCCUCCAACAAAUCCACAGAGGCAGCCAGUCGAGCCAUAGUCCAGUUCCUGGAGGUGAACCAGAGUGAGGAGGCGAGUCGUGGCUGGAUGCUUCUGACCACCAUCAACCUGCUGGCCUCCUCCGGACAGAAAACGGUGGACUGCAUGACGACCAUGUCUGUGCCCUCCACGCUGGUCAAAUGCCUGUACCUGUUCUUCGACCUGCCUCACAUGGCCGAGGCCCCAGCAGGCCCCACCCCGCAGCCGUUACCGCCGCCUCCGCCGCCACCACCGCCCGGCCAGGAGAAGACGGCGGUUCAGGGCCACACCCAGCAGGAGCUGCCCCUGGCCGACCGCAGGGUGCUGCUCCAGAAAGUCUUCGUCCAGAUCCUGGUGAAGCUCUGCACCUUUGUGUCUCCGGCGGAGGAGCUGGCCCAGAAGGACGACCUCCAGCUGCUGUUCAGUGCCAUCACCUCCUGGUGCCCCCCCCACAACCUGCCCUGGAGGAGGAGCGCGGGGGAGGUGCUGACCACCAUCUCCCGACACGGCCUCAGCGUCAACGUGGUCAAAUACAUACACGAGAAGGAAUGUCUGGGCACGUGUGUUCAGAACAUGCAGCAGUCGGACGACCUGUCGCCGCUGGAGAUCGUGGAGAUGUUCGCCGGCCUCUCCUGCUUCCUCAAGGACUCCAGCGACGUGUCGCAGACCCUGCUGGAUGACUUCCGAAUGUGCCAGGGCUACGCCUUCCUGUGCGACCUCAUGCUCAGACUGGAACAAGCCAAGGAGGACGAAUCGAAAGAUGCCCUGAAGGACCUGGUCAACCUGGUCACCUGUCUGACCACAUACGGGGUGACGGAGCUGAAGCCCGCUGGACUGACCACCGGAGCCCCCUUCCUGCUGCCCGGCUUUGUUCUCCCGCUGCCUUCUGGGAAAGGCCACACAGUGCGUAACAUCCAGGCCUUCUCGGUGCUACAGAAUGCCUUCCUGCGGACUAAAACCAGCCGCCUGGCCUCCAUGCUGCUGGACGCCAUCGGAAACAUCUACUCCGCCGAGCCGGCCAACUACUUCGUCCUGGAGUCGCAGCACACCCUGUCGCAGUUCGCCGAGCGAGUGGCCAAGCUCCCCGAGGCCCAGACCAAGUACUUUGAGCUGCUGGAGUUCGUCGUGUUCAGCCUGAACUACGUGCCGUGCAAAGAGCUGUUCAGCGUCAGCGUGCUGCUGAAGUCCAGCACGUCGCACGCCUGCAGCAUCACGGCCGUCCGGACGCUGCUGAAGCUCUCCAGGCACGACGCCGUGUUCAGCGACGUGCUGCGGGAGGUCGGCCUGCUGGAGGUGCUGGUCAACCUGCUGCACAAGUACGCCGCCUUGCUCAAGGACCCGGCCACGCAGCAGCAACCACACAACAAUGACCAAGCCGACUGUAAAAACAACACCGUAGCAGAGGAGCAGAAGCAGUUGGCCUGGCUGGUGAUGGAGACGCUGACUGUGCUCCUGCAGGGCUCCAACACCACCAACACCAAUGCAGCUCUGUUCAGGGAGUUCGGCGGCGCCCGCUGCGUUCACAACAUCGUGAAGUACCGUCAGUGUCGGGAACACGCCCUGCUCAUCAUCCAGCAGCUCGUCCUGUCGCCCAGCGGAGACGACGACAUGGGGACGCUGCUGGGCCUCAUGCACUCUGCACCGUCCAGUGAGCUGCAGCUGAAGACCGACAUACUGCGGGCUUUGUUAGCGGUGCUGCGCGAGAGCCACCGGACCCGGACGGUGUUCCGCAAGGUGGGCGGCUUCGUCUACCUCACGUCCCUGCUGGUGGCCAUGGAGCGCUCGCUGUGCCAGCCGCCGCGGCACGGCUGGGAGCGCGUCAACCAGAACCAGGUCUUCGAGCUUCUGCACACCGUGUUCUGCACGCUCACCGCCGCCAUGCGCUACGAGCCCGCCAACUCGCACUUCUUCCGCACGGAGAUCCAGUACGAGAAGCUGGCCGACGCCGUGAGGCUGCUGGGCUGUUUCUCCGACACCAAGAAGCUCGGUCCCACGGGCGUCUUCCCCUCCAACGCUCAGCCUUUCCAGAGGCUGCUGGAGGACGAGGCCGCGCCCGGAGGCUGCGCGGGGGACAGCGUCUGCCCCACGCUCAAACACUGCAGCAAGCUCUUCAUCUACCUUUACAAGAUGGCCACCGACUCUUUUGACAGUCGUGCGGAGCAGGUGCCUCCCUGCCUGACUCAUGAGACCUCGCUGCCCUCGCCGUGGGGCACGCCAGCACUCGCCAGGAAGAGACAAGGCUACUACGGUACGUCGGGCCCCCCCGCUCCAGUCAAAGCCGUGACAGACCUGAAGCUCCACUUGGCCAACACAUCCCACCCGGCUUUCUCCCCGUCUUCGUCUGACAUGGUGGUCAUCCACCCGGGGGCCAUCCUGGCCAUCCUGGACCUGCUGCCCUCCGUCUGCUCCGACAGCCAGCCGGAGCACGCUCUGGACCUGCAGCUGGCCGUGGCCAACAUCCUCCAGCUGCUGGUGAACAGUGAGAGGAACCAGCAGGUGCUGUGUGAGGCCUGCCUCCACCAGCGGCUGUUGCAGCGCUGCAGUCAGGCCCUGGGCGAUGAGGACCAUCCGCUGCACCCGCCACUGCAGAGGAUGUUCGAGAGGCUGGCUUCUCAGGCCCUGCAGCCGAUGGCGCUCAGGGAGUUCUUGCGUCUCGGAAACCCUCUAAACUGCGGCGCCUGGGACAAGAAGCUGCUGAAGCAGUACCGGGUCCACAAACCGAGCUCUCUGAGCUACGACGCCGAGAUGAGAAACAGCAUGACCAUGUCCAUGGAGGGCUUCGGUCCGGACAGCGUCUUCGCAACGCCGGCGGAGGACAACGGCCAGUACCGCAUCAGCCGCAGCCUGGUGCGCUCCGCCGAGGGCAGCACCGUGCCCCUCACCCGAGUCAAGUGCCUGGUGUCCAUGACCACGCCCCACGACAUACGCCUGCACGGGUCGGCCGUCACGCCUGCAUUCGUGGAGUUUGACACCUCGCUGGAGGGCUUCGGGUGCCUGUUUCUGCCCAGCCUGGCGCCCCACAACGCCCCCACCAACAACACCAACGCCUCAGGGGUCAGCGACGGAGCGGUGCUCAGCGGGAUGGGCACAGGGGAGCGCUUGUUCCCGCCCCCGUCGGGCCUAAGCUACUCCACCUGGUUCUGCGUGGAGCGCUUCAGCGCGGCUCCCCAGGCCCACCCGGUGCGGCUGCUGACCGUCGUGCGGCGGGCCACGUCCUCCGAGCAGCACUUCGUCUGCCUGGCCGUGGUUCUGUCCGCCAAAGACCGCUCGCUCACCGUCUCCACCAAGGAAGAGCUGCUGCAGUCCCACUCUGAUGAGUCCAGUGAAGAAGCCUCCUUCUAUGAGAUCCUGCCCUGCUGCGCUCGUUUCCGCUGCGGGGAGCUGAUCCUGGAGGGCCAGUGGCACCACCUGGUGCUGGUCAUGAGCAAAGGCAUGCUGAAGAACAGCAUGGCCACGCUGUACAUCGACGGCCAGCUCAUCAGCACCGUCAAGCUCCACUACGUCCACAGCGCUCCGGGUGGCUCCGGCUCCACCAACCCCCCCGUGCUGAGCACCGUCUACGGGUACGUGGGGACGCCGCCGGCCCAGCGCCAGCUCUCCAGCCUGGUGUGGCGUCUGGGGCCCAGCCACUUCCUGGAGGAGGUCCUGCCCGCCGCCAGCGUCGCCGCCAUCUACGAGCUGGGACCCAUCUACGUGGGCAGCUUCCAGGCCGUCUACCUGCCCUGUAAAGACUCUAAGGCGGAGGUAUCUCCGGCCUCCCCGGUGGCGUUGGUACCGGAGGAGAAGGUGUCCUUCAGUCUCUACGCGCUCUCCGUCUCCACUCUCACUGUGGCCAAGAUAAGGAAAGUCUACAACAAACUGGACAGCAAAGCGAUCGCCAAACAGCUCACUGUGUCCUCUCAUGAAAACGCCACUCCGGUCAAGCUGAUUCACAACGCCGCGGGCCACCUCAACGGGCCAGCGCGUACCAUCGGAGCCGCUGUCAUUGGAUAUUUAGGCGUCCGCGCGUUCGUGGCUAAACCCGUGGCCACCAACCUGCAGUAUGUGGGUGGGGCGGCGGCCAUCUUGGGCCUGGUCGCGAUGGCGUCAGACGUGGAGGGGCUGUACGCUGCCGUCAAGGCUUUGGUGUGUGUCGUGAAAAGCAACCCGUUGGCCAGUAAGGAGAUGGAGCGCAUCAAAGGCUACCAGCUGCUGGCUAUGCUGCUGAAGAAGAAGCGCUCGCUGCUCAACAGCCACAUCCUCCACCUCACCUUCUCUCUGGUGGGGACGGUCGACAGCGGCCACGAGACCUCCAUCAUCCCCAACUCCACCGCCUUCCAGGACCUGCUCUGUGACUUCGAGGUCUGGCUCCACGCUCCCUACGAGCUCCAUCUGUCUCUUUUUGAGCAUUUCAUCGAACUGCUGACAGAAUCCAGCGAGGCGGCCAAGAACGCCAAACUGCUGAGGGAGUUCCAGCUGAUCCCCAGACUGCUGCUGACCCUGAGGGACACCUCGCUGUCCCAGCCGACCGUAGCGGCCAUCGGCAACGUGCUCAGCCUGCUGCUGCAGGGCUUCCCCAACCCAUACGACCUGCUGCGGUUCGGCCAGUUCAUCUCCUCUACUUUGCCAACAUUUGCCGUGUGUGAAAAGUUUGUCAUCAUGGAAAUCAAUAACGAGGAGAAGCUCGAUGGAGGUAAUGACGAUGAUUUCAGCGGCCUCCUGUCAGCCAACCUCAUUCUGCUGAGAAACCGGCUGCUGGACAACCUGCUCAGACUGCUCUUCACCACCAAAGAGAAGUGCACCGUCAACGCCCAGGCGUGUGAGGAGCUGGUGCGGACGCUGGGCUUCGAUUGGCUGCUGAUGUUCAUGGAGGAGCACCUUCACUCGAGCACGGUGACGGCGGCUCUGUGGAUCCUGGUGGUGCUGCUCUCUAACCAGUCCAUCCUCAACCGCUUCAAGGAGGGCCUGUGCGGAGGAGGCUGGCUGGACCACACCGACUCCGUCCUGACCAAUAAGAUCGGCACAGUGCUGGGCUUCAACGUGGGCCGCAGUGCUGGUGGGCGCUCCACGUUGCGAGAGAUCAACCGGGAGGCGUGCCACUUCCCAGGGCUGCCCGUGCUGCAGACGCUGCUGCCCAAACACACCAACGUGCCCGAGCUCUACUUUCUGCUCAUGGCGCUGUUCCUGCAGCAGCCCGUCACCGAGCUGCCGGACAGCCUGCAGGUACAUUUUGACCUGGACUCCAUCUGGACGUUCAUCUUUGGCAUACCGACCUCCAGUGGGACCGUCGUGGGCUCCAUCCACAACGUGUACACCGAGGCGGCCUUCCUGCUGCUGGCCAUGCUGCGCAGCAUGCUCAACCUGCCGUGGCAGUCGGAGGAGGAGGGCUCCUGGCUGAGGGAGUACCCGGUCACCCUCAUGCAGUUCUUCAGGUAUCUCUACCACAACGUGCCCGACCUGGCACCCAUGUGGCACAGUGCGGAGUUCCUCUGCGCCCUGGCAGCGACCGUCUUCCCUUUCAACAUCAGGCCCUACUCUGAGAUGGUCAGUGAUCUGGACGACGAGGCGGGGUCUCCCACCGAGGAGUUCAAGGCCUUCGCCGGGGACUCGGGUAUGAACCGCAGCCAGUCCGAAUACUGCAACGUGGGCUCCAAGACGUCGCUGACCAACCACCCGGCCAAAAAGUACGUCUUUGACUUCAUGAGGGUGCUGAUCAUGGACAACCUCUGCAUGACCCCGGCCAGCAAGCAGACGCCCAUCAUUGACCUGCUGCUGGAGGCCUCUCCGGAGCGCUCCACCAGAACUCAGCAAAAGGAGUUUCAGUCCAACAUCCUGGACGGCGUCAUGGAGCAUCUUCUGGCUGCUGAUGUCCUUCUAGGUGAAGACGCCUCUCUGCCCCUCAGCAGCGGAGGCAGUUAUCAGAUUCUGGUCAACAACGUCUUCUACUUCACCCAGAGAGUGGUGGACAAGCUGUGGCAGGGCAUGUUCAACAAGGACUCCAAGCUGGUGGUGGACUUCAUCGUGCAGCUCAUCGGACAGUCCAAGAGGCGUUCUCAGGGUCUUUCCCUCGACACCAUCUACCACUGUCUGAACCGGACGGUGCUCUACCAGCUCUGCCGACCCCACAAGACGGUCGCUCAGCAGGUGGCCCUGCUGGACGCCCUGCGGGUCCUGACCGUCAACCGCAACCUGGUGCUCGGGCCGGGCAACCACGACCAGGACUUUGUGGCCUGCCUGGCUCACUGCUUCAUCUGCCUGCACAGUGGGAGCAGCGUGGAGGGCUUCGGUCUGGAGGCGGAGGCCAGGAUGACAACCUGGCAUGUCAUGAUGCCCACGGAGAACGAGGCUGACGCUACGCACAGCCACGACGUCAGCGAGGGGCGACAGCUGCUGCUGAAGGCGGUGAACCGGGUGUGGACGGAGCUGAUGCACAGCAAGCGUCAGAUGCUGGAGGACAUAUUCAAAGUGUCCCUGCCCUGCAACGACAGGGGCCACGUGGACAUCGCCACUGCCCGGCCCGCCCUGGAGGAGCCGGCGCUGAAGAGCUGGCAGAACCACCUGGUCCAUGAGAAGAAGUGCAUCAGUCGCGGUGAGGCGGUGGCGCCGGCGACCCAGUCCAAACUGUCCAGAGUCAGCAGCGGCUUCGGCCUCUCCAAGCUGACGGGCGUCCGCCGCAACAAGAGGGAGAACAGCAUGAACAAGAACAGCUUGUCGGCUCAGGAGACUUUCCAGUGGAUGUUCACACACAUCGCUGUGGUUCGAGACCUGGUGGCCAUGCAGUACAAAGAAUAUCAGGAGCGACAGCAGAACGCCCUCAAGUACGUGACAGAGGAUUGGGCGUCCAUCGAAUACGAGCUGCUCCGUGAACGGGGCCUCUGGGGCCCGCCCAUCGGUUCCCACCUGGACAAGUUUGUGCUGGAGAUGACGGAGGGGCCGUGCCGGAUGAGAAAGAAGAUGGUCCGCAACGACAUGUUCUACAUCCACUACCCAUACAUCCCCGAGUUGGAGCCAAACACCAACUCAGCACAGAAGCCUCUCCGUUACCGGCGAGCCAUCAGCUACGACAGUAAGGAGUACUACAUGCGGUUGCUGUCUGGAAACCCCGGCAUGUACCAGCACUCUGUGGAGCACAACACCGAAGGAGAGACCACACAGCAUGAGCCCGAGCACGGAGAGGACACCAUCGCAAGAGUCAAAGGCCUGGUGAAGGCUCCUCUGAAGAGGUCUCGGUCCACAGCGGACGGGGCGGACGAGGACAGUCAGGAGCAGCUCCAGGAGCAGCUGCUGGAGUCGGGAGGCCCCGAGGAGGAGCAGAGGACCGACAACACGUCUCUGCUGCGCCUCCUGGAGGAGGGAGAGAAGAUCCAGCACAUGUACCGCUGUGCCCGGGUUCAGGGUCUGGACACCGGCGAGGGUCUGCUGCUGUUCGGGAAGGAGCACUUCUACGUCAUCGACGGCUACACCAUGACCGUCUCCAGGGAGAUCAGGGACAUCGACACGCUGCCCCCCAACUUGCAUGAGGCCAUCAUCCCCAGAGGAGCGAGACAAGGACAGAGUCAGCUGAAGAGAACAUGCAGCAUCUUCGCCUACGAGGACAUCAAGGAAGUGCACAAGAGACGCUACCUGCUGCAGCCCAUGGCGGUGGAAGUCUUCUCAGCAGAUGGGAGGAACUACUUGUUGGCCUUCCAGAAAGGAGUCCGCAACAAAGUUUACCAACGGUUCUUGGCGGUGGUGCCUUCACUGGCUGACAGCUCGGAGUCGGUUUCAGGCCAGAGGCCCAACACCAGCGUGGAACAAGGAUCUGGACUCCUCAGCACGCUGGUCGGGGAAAAGUCAGUGACUCAGAGAUGGGAGAGAGGAGAGAUCAGUAACUUCCAGUACCUGAUGCACCUGAACACGUUGGCAGGGCGGUCCUACAACGACCUGAUGCAGUACCCCGUCUUCCCCUGGAUCCUGGCCGACUUCGACUCAGAGGAACUGGACCUGAGCAACCCCAAGACGUUCCGUAACCUCGCCAAGCCGAUGGGCGCUCAGACCGACGACAGACUGACGCAGUACAAGAAGAGGUACAAGGACUGGGAGGACCCCACUGGUGAAACCCCAGCGUACCACUACGGCACCCACUACUCAUCCGCCAUGAUCGUAGCCUCUUAUCUGGUCCGGAUGGAGCCCUUUACACAGAUCUUCCUCAGACUUCAGGGAGGUCACUUCGACCUGGCUGACAGGAUGUUCCACAGUGUGCGUGAAGCCUGGCUCUCUGCCUCCAAACACAACAUGGCCGACGUCAAGGAGCUCAUCCCUGAGUUCUUCUACCUGCCCGAGUUCUUGCUCAACGCCAACAACUUCGACCUGGGCGCCAAGCAGAAUGGCAUCAAGCUGGGCGACGUCAUCCUGCCACCUUGGGCCAAGGGCGACCCCCGGGAGUUCAUCAGAGUCCACCGAGAUGCGUUGGAGUGCGACUACGUGUCGGCCCACCUCCACGAAUGGAUCGACCUGAUCUUCGGGUACAAGCAGCAGGGUCCGCCGGCCGUGGAGGCGGUCAACGUCUUCCACCACCUGUUCUACGAGGGCCAGGUGGACAUCUACAACAUCAACGACCCGCUCAAAGAGACGGCCACCAUCGGCUUCAUCAACAACUUCGGGCAAAUCCCCAAACAGCUGUUUAAGAAGCCCCAUCCUCCUAAACGGGUACGCGGCAAAGCCAACGGUGACGUAGCGAGCGUUCCUCCGAGCUCCAACGGCGACAAGAUCUUCUUCCAUCACCUGGACAAUCUCAGACCUUCUCUAGCACCAGUUAAAGAGCUGAAGGAGCCCGUGGGACAGAUCAUGUGCACCGACAAGGGCAUACUUGCGGUGGAGCAAAACAAGGUUCUGGUUCCCCCCACCUGGAGCAAGACCUUCGCCUGGGGCUACGCCGACCUCAGCUGCCGUCUGGCUAACUACGAAUCUGACAAGGCGUUGGUGGUGUACGAGUGUCUGUCAGAGUGGGGUCAGAUCCUCUGUGCCAUCUGUCCGAACCUGAAGCUGGUCAUCACCGGCGGCACCAACAGCACCGCCAUCUGCGUGUGGGAGACGGGAACCUCCAAGGAGAGGGCCAAGUCCCUGACGCUCAAACAGGCGUUACUGGGCCACACGGACGCCGUGACGUGUCUGACGGCGUCGGCGGCGUACCACAUCGUUGUCAGCGGCUCGCGGGAUCGAACCUGCAUCAUCUGGGACCUCAACAAGCUUUCCUUCGUCACGCAGCUCAGGGGACACCGAGCGCCGGUCUCCGCUCUGUGCAUCAACGAGCUGACGGGGGACAUUGUGUCCUGUGCAGGAACCUACAUCCACGUGUGGAGCAUCAACGGCAGCCCCAUCGCCAGCGCCAACACCUUCACGGGACGCAGCCAGCAGAUCCUGUGCUGCUGCGUGUCGGAGAUGAACGAGUGGGACACGCAGAACGUCAUCGUCACCGGGCACUCGGACGGCGUGGUCAGGUUUUGGAGAAUGGAGUUCCUCCAAGUCCCAGAAACCCCUGCUCCAGAGCCGGUAGAGCCAGAUGUGCCUGAAUGCUGUGGUGAGGAGAAGAUCGAGGGCGGCGAGAAUCACAACGGCGAUGAGGACAGCAGCGAGUCGGACGGAGACGAGCCCAGUCUGAGUCAGGAGCCCAAAGCUCCACGCAACCCGUCGACGGGUGGAGGCAGCCAACCGGGCAGCGCCGUCCACAGACCCAGAGGUCCCUCGGCACGAACCGGAGCGUCGUGGUCGAUGGACAGCAGCUCUGACGACUCCCACCGCUGGUCGGACACCCUCAGCAUCGACGAGAAGGACGGCUUCGUGUUCGUCAACUACUCCGAGGGGCAAACUAAGGUCCCUCACCACCACCACCACCCUCACCACCACCACCACCCUCACCCGACUCACCCAGGCCAGGGCUCGGUGCCACAGCCCUCCACCAUGGACGCACGGACGUACAACCAGCUCAGGGCCGGCUACAGAUGGGAGCGCCAGCUGGUCUUCCGGAGCAAACUCACCAUGCACACGGCGUUCGAUCGCAAGGACAACGCUCAACCGGCCGAGAUCACGUCGCUCGCCAUCUCCAAGGACCACAGUAAGAUCCUGGUGGGCGAUGGUCGCGGUCGGGUCUUCAGCUGGUCAGUGAGCGACCAGCCGGGCCGUUCUGCGGCCGACCACUGGGUGAAGGACGAGGUGGUGGACAGCUGCUCCGCCUGCACGGUCCGAUUCUCCCUCACCGAGCGGAGACACCACUGCAGGAACUGCGGCCAGCUCUUCUGCCAAAAGUGCAGUCGCUUCCAAUCAGAGAUCAAAAGGCUGAAGAUCUCGUCGCCGGUGCGCGUUUGUCAGAACUGUUACUACAACCUUCAACAUGAGCGGAGCUCCGAGGACGGCUGCAGAAACUGAAGAAACACACCGACCAGUAAACACAUGAGCUGUAACACACUGACAGACUGUCUCAGCGGAGGAGGUGGGAGAGAAAAAAACGAGGAAAUGUUGAAAGGAAAUGUAUAAAAAUAAUAAAAUAAAAACCUCAAUCACCACUUUUACCACCUGCACUCACCCGGAAGAGGGAAAAGAAAGCGAGAACACCGUCGCCGCGGCACGCUUCAAUCAAUCACCCGCUAUCUGUUGCUUUGAGACCAAGAACAGGAAGAACUCCUUCCUACUCGCACCACAUAACAAACUUGUUAAUAUUGUAAAUACUUACCAUGGCCUUUUUCAUUUUACGAGGAACAAACUCAGAACAAAAAAAAUAUGAAUACGGAAAAACUAAUUGUGUGUAACAUAGCGAUGUGACUAACCACUCCUGGCUUUAAGAGAA